AUGGCUGCUCCCCUCUCAGGCAGUUCUGACUCGCUAUCGAACUCUACGACAAUUAUAGAACUAGAGAAACGAACAACGCACACUGGUCGGGGGACGUGGUACUAUCCCGGCUUAGGCAAUUGUGGGUAUACCGACGAUUCGAAUGAUGACGUUGUCGCAAUGUCCAAGGCGUUUUAUGAUAAUAAUGGAGGUAGCAAUUGCAAUCAAUGGAUUCAAAUUAAAAACACGAAGAAUGGCAAGGUCGCCUACGGCAAGAUGCGCGACAGCUGCCCUGGAUGUGGCUAUAAUGACCUCGACAUGUCUCCUGCUGUCUUCAAGCAGCUCGGUACCCUCGACCAGGGCGUGCUCUCGAUCUCUUGGCAUUUUGAAGCCAUGGGCUGGUCGCCAUGA